UUAAAUGUCUGUGUUGAUAGAAUAAUGUUAGAAAUAAAACUAACCAUGCAUCGCAUGAAUCAUCGAGGGACUACUUUCUCAGCAGAAGCGGAAUUCUACUAUGCGCUGGUUAGGUUUGUAACCGAAUCACGACAGAAGAACGUAAACAGAGAAGCGUGGGACAGAAGCGCAAUUGAACGACCAGGCAACAUGAUGGUUCAGUGUGCUUUUAGAAAUUGUAGAAAUAAACGGUACAGAUGGGCACCACAAAGUUUCCACCAAUUUCCAGUGCGAGAUCCAGAAAGGACUCAACUGUGGCUUGUUGCUGCUGGCUUUGACAUCAAAACACCGGCUCGUACAUGUAAGGUUCGUUGGAUACAACAAAUUCCUCAUAAUCGUCUUCAAAAGCAGAUGCAUCGCUAACUCCUCCAAACGUGGCCAUAUCUUGUUAAUUUAAUACGCUUGUAGAAUUCCUUCGUUCACUGUACUCUGCGUUUGUAGCAAUGACAGCGGCAGGUAACCUAGGUAUCAGUCCGCCGCUGCCGUAGCCUACGUACAGGAAUUAAACACUGCUGCUGAGACCCCGCAAUUCCCUCAAAAUGCAAUGCAAUGCAAGGUUGGUUUUAUUUCAAACAUUAUUCUAUAAACAGACAUUUAGAUUUAUAGUCUGUCGUUAUAAUUGAUUUACCGCGGGUGUACUGUGGAGUGGGUAAGACUGUUUUUAAUAGCAGGCUAGCAUUGCCCGUUGACGUGCGCUAGCCUAGCACGAGCGAACUCUGCAACUAGAAGGACUGAAUGAAAUGUGUUGAAAACUGUCUCCAGUGAUAUAGAAUACCAAUGCUCACUUCGGAAUCAGGCCCUAUGUCCAAAAUUCCGAACUACCCCUUUAACAACAAAGUAUCGAUAUUUGGAGUUGAACAAAUCGAUAUUUUAUCGGCCAGCAAAGUAUCGCGAUAUAUUGCCGUAUUGAUUUUUUUACCCACCCCUAGUAACGAGUAAUCUAACUCGUAUCUAUUUCCAAACCAGUAAUCAGAUUAAAGUUACUUAUCCAAGUUACUCUGCCUUACUAUUUUGGUAAUUUUCAUAAGGAAAAAUAUUUAUUUUGCUUUCUUCUUGCCUCCCGGUGAGUGACAAGUACCACAUAUGCGACAAGUGACACGCAGACGCGCAGGAAGAAUUUUGACGGGUGUGCGGGGGUACACUUAAGUAUUCUAAAGAUACUUUUACAAAGGCUCUAUUCUGCAGAGCACUCUACAACUUGUUUUUCGUUGUUGUGUCUGGCUGUGAGUGUGCGUGCAUGCUAUAGUAGGCUGAAUCGCAAUCGCGUCAAAACAAAUCUGAUUGGCCAAUACACAUUGAAGUAGGGCUGGGCGAUUUUUUCGGUUUAAUCGAUUAAUUUGCAUUUUUUCUUUCCUACGGUUUGUGAAAUGGCUGAACCGAAAAAUCGCGAUUUAAAAACAGUUAGACUCUUCCGAUUUGUUUUGCUGAAUAGACUCCGUAGUAGCUACCUCUCUCACUUUCCAGAACGCGCGCAAAACUCAGCCUACUGCAAUCACAUUCACCUCGCCCCCGACAGACUUGGGGGAGAGCCGGGUCGAUUGAAACCUUUUCAGUUAAACGUCUUUUGCAAAGAUGACGUUAUGUAUACAAAUAAUUUGUGAUCAACAACUCACAUGUGUGUUCUCUUAGUUACAAGCAGUGGUGUAGUCUACGUGAUACGCAGGUAUACGCCGUAUACCCACUAGGAACGCACCAGGAUUUGCGUAUACCCACUUAAAAAUGUGCACGGAUACGUAUCAAUCGUCUUGUGACAGAUCUUUCACUUCUGUGUUUAUUUUUCGGAAAUAUCGGUUGGGUAUAACUGCAAUAAAAUACUUUAAGCAGGGGAAGUUAUCUCCUACAUUCACCAUUCAUAAAAUUCCCGCUGCGCGCUCGCGCUCUGCCCUGUCUCUGUUACGAAGCGCGAAGCUGCAUCUCUGCACGUUAGUUGGCGGGCCGAGCCCCUCCUUCUCGCGUGUGUGUGCGUGCGUGCAUGCGUGUGUGGGUGUGUGUGUGUCCAGUCCUCCCAUAUUAAUGUGUAAACCACAUAAUAAGUAGUCAACAGAAGACAAUGUUUUAAUCCCACUUUAUAUCUCCUUGUUACUUUUAGAUGAGAACCCCUGGCCAGCCUUUCAGACUGGGUGUCAGGCUAGGGAAUUUAAAAACAGGCAUCCUUGGUUAGAGUGGAGGGAAAAAAGUUAUAGGUAAAUGUCAGCCAACAUACAGUUGGUAUACACAAUUGAAAUUCAUAAUGUUAAUCACUAUGCAAAUGAGAGUAUAGCUAAUUCAUGGUCAUUUUUAAGGUGCAGUAAUUUCACACUUUUACACAAUUAAAUUACUGGUAUGUUAGAUAACAACAGUAAGAGCUCAAAUUAGAGCAAUUAAAAGAGUGAAACAUUAGUCUCCUGUCAUCUCCUUCUCAUGCACUGGUUAGCCAUGGAUGUAAACAGUUCAUUCAAUUAUUCUGAGUCGAUUUUGUCCUUGUUUAGCAUUUGCUAUUGCUACUAUAGAUAUACAAAGGACAACUUGUCAUUUUUGUGUUCUAUUUGUUCAUACUGUUAAAACUGAUAAACCUACUCAGCUUUCCAUGAUUGUUGAUAAUCGUUAUACUCUUAAAUCAGCGGGUUGUAGACCCCUGCGUUGGUGAGUGAAGUGCGACACCCCAUAAGCACACGUACAUGGGUUUCAAUGGAAUUUGUUUAGAGAAAAACAGAAAAAAAAAAUCGAGGUUUAAAUCGAAAAUUGUCCAUUAGUUAGAAAAAAUCGAGAUUUUAUUUUUAGGCCAAAUCGCCCAGCCCUACAUUGAAGAUACUUUUUUUUUUUUAAUUAUUGUAUUUUUUCAGGAAAUUAUUUUUAAGUUAAACUUAAUUUGUCAAGAGAUACAUUCUUGACGUUGCACUUCAAAUAAAGUGGGUAUUGGCAUAACUGGUUGUAAUUUUUAUUUUAACGCAGCAGGGGGUUUUACUUACCUUGUAAUCUAAAUUACUUUUUAAAGGAGUAAUCAGAUUAAUUUUUCAAGGUUACUGUGGCAGCACUGGUUGGAAGUCUGGGGUUGGAAAAGUGUCAACUCCGACCAACUCUGUGUGUUUGAGCUACCAUGUCGUAAAAAAUGGAUGCUCACGCUGAACUGCAAGAAUACAAAUGUAUUAUAAUUCUAAAUGUUAAUGAUCUAGUUUGACAGAAAAAUAACUUAUUUUUCAGUCAAACUAGAGUACAUUUUGUCUACAAUAAGUGAACCACUUAGUAGAGGAAACUGGGUCCAUUCCGUCUGUCUUUUAAAAAAAUGUGUUUACCCUUUCAAAUAUGCCGUCUUUUACCCGGCAUGGUCCGCACGUUUACACUGACCGAGGUAAUAUACCGGCCUGAUUUUGCACGCCAAUUUAUUCUCUCGGACGCUACACACAUUGGCGGUAUAAUUUUAAUGUGAAUGUGAUUAGAUGGCUUCGCUGUUCCAGGGGCGGGACUUGGGUAGAGGUUUUGGUUCUGUGUUUCGACUACAACAGAGACAACUUAGAAUAUCAACAUGAAUAGCUCUGUGAGUGGAGAGACGGUAAAAUCCACGAGCUGCUGACCAUCAUGGGAGAGAAGGUGAUGCAGUCGCAUUUUAUGAAGACAGGGAAAGAUGGUGCGAUCUACGAGAAAGCAGCAUAGGAACUUUCCUAAGGAGGCAUUUGUCGGGACUAAAAACAACAUAAGUGGUCAGCAAAAUAAAGAAUAUGUUGACAUUUUUGCACUUGUAAAUAGUUAAUCGCAUUUGUAGCCUACACAGAUGUAUACUCAUUUUUGCAUGCGAGUGUCUUGAAUCAUGAAAAAAUAAAAAUAUUCAGCUGGCUCCGUGACAAAGGGGGAUUUUAUCCCCUCGGUUUUACACAGGCAAGACAAUGAAAUUGCAGGGUGUGCCAAGCCGCGACCGUACCGGCUUGGCAGUGUGAAAAUGCCUUUAGUUUAUGGUAUGUUGCAGGCAUGAAACUAAUGAAAUGGUCACAUACUAAAUAAUUUGGAUUUAACAGACAAGUUUCUUCUUUCUCUUCAGAUUCCUACACAGGUCUGUGUUCCCCCUCCUCAUGCAGAACUCCAUGAAAUGAAUAAAGCACCACAGCCUAUAGCAGGACCCCCGCACCCCGCCCCCUCCCCCGGCCUCCCACAGGCCAACUUUCCCCCUGGGCAACCUCCCUCCAUGGUCUUUGCCAGCCCACCGCCUCCACAAAUGAACCCCACACCUCAGCCCCGACAGUUCGCCCCCGGGCCCCGGCCUAUACACCAACAGGGAGGGUUCAGGUCGCUACAGCCAUACUACACCAACAGGUCAGGCCUGCCCUCGGGGGCCGGGCCCCGGGGCCUGCCCCCCAGCAGCGCCCCGCGGCCCGUGGCCCCCACCCACGUGUACCAGGCGGGACCCGGCUCCCAGAUGAUGAUGAUCCCCCAGCAGCCACUAGCCUUCCCCAGCUCCCCGCAGGGCACCGCCUACUUCAUUCCUGGACAGUACCGGCCCACCUACGUGACCACGCCCCAGCAGUACUCCCUCCCGGCGGGCACGCCCGGCUUCUACCCCAGCAGCACGGCGGAUUACGGUCCUUAUGCGGGGGCCUACUACCCGGCCCAGUUUGCGUCCCCUGUGCAGGCGGCGCCGGUCAUCAUGAGCCCCGCCCCACAGCAGCAGCAGCAGCAGCAACAGCAGCAACAGCAGCAACAACAACAACAGCAGCAUCAACAGCAGCAACAACAGCAACAACAUCAACAACAACAGCAGCAACAACAGCAACAACAACAGCAACAACAGCAACAACAUCAACAACAACAGCAACAAGCACAUCAGCAGCAGCAGCAACAGCAGCAACAGCAGCAGCAGCAGCAGCAGCAGCUGCAGCAGCAGCAGCAGCAGCCGACUCCACCUCCACCUUCCCAGCACAUCGCCACCAAGCGAGAACGCAAACAGAUCAGAAUACGGGACCCUAACCAGGGGGGCCGUGACAUCACGGAGGAGAUCAUGUCAGGGGGUCGCAGUGGUUCCACGCCAACCCCACCACAGUCGAUACUAUCUGGAUCCGAGAGUCCAGCUGUGCCACAGGCCAACGGUGAGAGUGUAACAGCUGCCACUCAAACACUGGUCAGACCAGAUGACCGAGGGAAGCCCACGCCUCCCCCUCCUUCAAAGACCACCGAACUUUGCAAGGCUGAUCCGGCUGCCCCCCUAGAGGCCAGUCUCUCUGACACUCACACUAAGACCCCUCCCUCGCCGCUCCCCAGCGCAACCCCCCCCGCCCUUUCCUUGGACAGCCCGUGCCUCGCCGCCGACGUCAUGGACGCCCCCCCGCCCGCCCGGGAGCCUGCCCCAACACUGCCCCUCUCUGCACCCGAGGUGCCGGCAUACCCGGCCCCCCUCCCCAACCCGGGCCCCAAGACGCCCAGGAGAGUCUUGCAGAGCAGAGCCGAGUCACUGCCGGAGAGCCCCCUGCAGAAGGCCCCGGCGCCACAUCCAAAGGAAGCCCAAGCGGCCGUUUGUGCCGACAUCCCUGCGGCGGCUGCUCCGCCCGAGCCCUCCAACGGCACGGUGGAGGUGAAGCCGGUGGGGUCGUUGGUCGCCCCGCCACCAUCACCUGGCCCGCUAGAAGCCCCGCCGGGCUCCCCCAUUGUCCAGCCUGAGGAGUUGCGGCUGCCCAACGGCCUCCCGCUGCCUGCCCCCCAGGACCCCCAGGCCCCAGCCGCGACCGGCCUGUCGGAGCGCGACGACAGCCCCAUUGCCGAGCCCGAAGUCCAGGCGCCCCGGGUCCGCACACCCGACCUCCGGAAACCUGACCUCCACACGCUCCCCUGUGUGCCAGAGGUCGCCCCGGUGACGGCCCCGGUGACGGCCCCGGUGACGGCCCCGGUGACGGCCCCGGUGACGGCCCCGGUGACGGCCCCGGUGACGGCCCCGGUGACGGCCCCGGUGACGGCCCCGGUGACGGCCCCGGUGACGGCCCCGGUGACGACCCCGGUGACGGCCCCGGUGACGACCCCGGUCACGGCCCCGGUCACGACCCCGGUCACGGCCCCGGUCACGACCCCGGUCACGGCCCCGGUCAAGGUGCAGUCUGCCCCCCAGGCGGCGGUCGCGGAGCAACCCCCCAUGGUGCCCAACGUGCAGCCAGAGCCCCCAACCAGUGCACCCGUGCGGCCGCCAACCCCAGAGCCAGCGGCCACACCCGAUGCUCUUGUAAAAGAGGACCAGGCCGAUGUCCAGGAGCCGGUGAGUGUCCCCAAGGAGGAGGAGCAGGAGGUGGAGAGCGAGGAGGUGAAGGAGCAGCAGCUGGAGGUGAAGGAGGAGGAGAAGAUGAUAAUGAAGUUGAAGGAGGAGCAGCAGCAGCAAGUUAAGGAGGAGCAGGAGGUGGAGGCUCCAACAGAGAUGGUUUCUGACCCGGCACCGCCCCCCAUCAGAACGCACACCCCGGCCUCGGUGGAGAAGGAGGAGCCCAGCUCUGCUGUUGGGGAAACCGCUAUGCAAGCUGCUGUGUCCGUGCCAAAGAAGAAGAGGAAGAUGAAGGAGCUGAACAAGAAGGAGGCCGUGGGCGACCUCCUGGAUGCCUUCAAAGAGCAGGAGCAGGUGACUGAGGUCUCCCCAGAGCAGGAGCCCCUGGCCCUAGCCCCCGAACCCCCCUCCACGGCGACCACGCACGGCCCGGAGGACGCAGACCUCAGCUGGGAGGACAAGGAGGACAAGGAUAAGAAGCUGGACGCAGAGAAGACCCAGCCCCUCUCCCCCAAGUCUGCUGCGGACAAGAAGUACCAGUACAAAGAGGAACAAUGGAAGCCCUUGGACCCCGAGGAGAAGAAGAAGUACGACCGGGACUUCCUGCUGAAAUGCCGCUUCAUCUCGGCCUGCAUGAGCAAGCCUGAAGGCCUGCCAGCCAUCACUGACGUAGUGCUGGACAAGGCAAAUAAGACCCCUCUGCGCCAGUCCGAGCCCAUUCGCUGCCCCGGCAUGAACUUUGGCCCUGACUUCACGCCCGCCUUCGCCACCUUCAGUGGCAGGUCUGGCAUGGGAGGCGGAGGAGGAGGAGGAGGUGGAGGAGGCGGAGGUGUUGGAGGAGGAGGAGGAGGAGGAGGAGGCGGCGGAGGCAGAGGACCUCCUCCAGGCAUGGGCAUGGGCAUGAACAUGGCCGGACCGCGCCGCCUCCAACAGGGGAAGGGGCCGCGCAAGAUCAUCACCAGCAUGUCCCUGGGAGAGGACGUGCAGCUGAACAAGGCGGAAAAGGCCUGGAAGCCGGGCGUGAAGAAGGCCACGCGGGCCGGUGGGCGUGAGCCGGAGGAGGCGGCGGCGGGCGAGGGGGAGGACCCCGAGCACCUUAAGACCCAGGAGCUAUUCAAGCGUGUGCGCAGUGUGCUCAACAAGCUGACGCCGCAGAUGUUCCAGGCGCUAAUGAAGCAGGUGAUGGAGCUCCAGAUCGACACAGAGGAGCGGCUGAAGGGAGUCAUCGACCUCAUCUUCGAGAAGGCCAUCUCGGAGCCCAACUUCUCCGUGGCCUACGCCAACAUGUGCCGCUGCCUCUUGGGGCUCAAAGUCGGCACCACGGACAAACCAGGGCAGACGGUAAACUUCCGGAAGCUGCUGCUGAACCGCUGCCAGAAGGAGUUUGAGAAGGACAAGGACGACGAUGAGUUCUUUGAGAAGAAGCAGAAGGAGCUGGACGCCGCCUCUGAGGGUGAGAAGCAGAAGCUGAAGGACGCGCUGGAGGAGGCAAAGGACAAGGCCCGCCGGCGCUCGCUGGGCAACAUCAAGUUCAUCGGCGAGCUGUUCAAGCUCAAGAUGCUGACGGAGGUCAUCAUGCACGACUGCAUCGUCAAGCUGCUGAAGAACCACGACGAGGAGUCCGUGGAGUGCCUGUGCCGGCUGCUCUCCACCAUCGGCAAGGACCUGGACUUUGAGAAGGCCAAGCCCCGGAUGGAGCAGUACUUCAACCAAAUGGAGAAGAUCAUCAAAGAGAGGAAGACCACCUCCAGAAUCCGCUUUAUGCUGCAGGACGUUCUGGACCUCCGACGGAACCUCUGGGUGCCCCGGCGAGGGGAGCAGGGGCCCAAGACCAUCGACCAGAUCCACAAGGACGCGGAGCUGGAGGAGCACCGCGAGCAGAUGAAGGUUCAGCAGGCCAUUCUCUCCAAGUCCAGCGGCGGAGACCGUAUGGGAGGAGGAGGAGGAAGAGGGGGAGGAGGAGGAGGAGGUGGAGGCCGUGAGGGCCGCGGAGGACAUCAUACCCCCGGCCGGGGCAGCCAGCCCCAGGACGAGGGCUGGAACACGGUGCCCAUCAGCACAAAGAGCAGACCCCUGGACGCCCUGCGUCUCAGCAAGAUCACCAAGGCUCCAGUCCUGGACAACCAGGUGCUCGCCCCGAGCAGCGACACGUGGGGCAACUGGGGCAAGGGCAGUAGCGGAGGCUCCACCACCAAGCCCAACCCCGCAGACUCAGCCCCCGACUCUGGUAACCGUCCGGCCACCAGCACCCUGAACCGGUUCUCGGCCCUGCAGCCUUCCUCCCAGGACUCUGACAGACGCGUGCCUCAGAGGAACAGCUCCAGUCGGGAGCGCGGCGACCGCUAUGAGCGCUCGGACCGCGGCCCCGGGGACCGUGGCUUCGACCGCCGGGACCACCGCCUCCCGGCCGGCAAGCGCAGCUUCAGCCGUGAGAAGGAGGAGCGCAGCCGGGAGCGCGAGCACCGCAGCUCGGCCGACCCCGUCCGUCGCGUGGCCAGCAUGACCGACGACCGCGGGAGCCGCGAGCGCCCCAGCAGCAAGGACAACGCAGUGAAGCGGCCCUCACGGCCGUCGACCCCCACCCCCCUUCCCGUACCGACGGUCACCAAGCCGGCCUUGACCGAGGAGGAAGUGGAGAAGAAGUCCACCGCCAUCAUCGAGGAGUACGUCCAAAUCAACGACCUGAAGGAGGCGCUCCAGUGUGUUCAGGAGAUGGCCAGCACGGAUCUGCUCUUCGUGUUCGUGCGGAACGGGCUGGAGUCGACGCUGGAGCGCAGCACCGUGGCCCGGGAGCGCAUGGGCCUGCUGCUGCAGCGCCUGGUGCAGAACUCCACCCUGCCACCACAGCAGUACUACAAAGGGCUCCAGGAGAUCCUGGAGGCGGCCGAGGACAUGUCCAUAGACAUCCCUCACAUCUGGCAGUACCUGGCCCAGCUGCUUGCCCCCAUGCUGCAUGAGGGGGGCAUCCCCAUGGCUCCGCUCUUCAGGGAGAUCACAAAGCCCCUGAUACCCCUGGGCCAGGCCGGGGUCCUGCUCGUCCACAUCCUCCUUGUCCUCUGCAAAGCAAUGAGCCAUAAGAAGGUGGGCGCCAUGUGGCAGGAGGCGGGACUUAGCUGGAAGGACUUCCUUCCCGCCGACCAAGACAUUAACAAGUUUGUGACGGAAAAGAACGUGGAGUUCACGCUGGUCCAGGAGGCGGAGGCGGCGGGCCCAGGCGCGCUGAGCCCCGCCCAGCUGAGCCAGGGUCUGGAGCAGCUGCUGAAGGACAAGGCCGAUAACCAGAGCAUCCUGGACUGGGUGGAGGCCAACCUGGACGAGGAGCAGACGUCGUCCAACGAGUUUGUCCGAGCUCUGAUGACCUGCGUGUGCCGGUCGGCCAUCUACGAGAGCCCCAACAAGGUGGAGGCCAAGCAGAUGGGUCGUCUGGCGGAGGUGCUGCAGAAGUACCUAAACACGGAGCACAAGGAGCUGCAGGCACUCUACGCCCUGCAGGCCCUCAUGGUGGAGCUGGAGCAGCCGGCCAACCUGCUGCGGAUGUUCUUCGACGCGCUGUACGACGAGGACGUGAUCAAGGAGGAGACCUUCGAUAAGUGGGGCUCCAGCAAGGACCCGGCCGAGCAGCAGGGCAAGGGCGUUGCCCUCAAGUCUGUCACCAACUUCUUCACCUGGCUCCGGGAGGCCGACAUCGAGUCGGACAACAGCUAGGAUCCACCAUGCACCUCCUGGAGGACUGGGGGGGGGGGCGGCGCCUACACAUGUAUAUCUAAAACCAGAAGAGAUGUGCGAUGCUCUCUACCAAUCGGAGGAUGCUGAAUCCAUCAAAUCCAUCUGCAUAAACAGACAAAAAACCUAGUAAAAGAUUCUUCACCUGGGAGAGAUUGUAUUACGGAUCGGACUUCGAUCUUUUUGUUUUUGUUUCUGUGCGACUUUCUUCUUUUUGUUUUAUUUUAUUAGGAUAAAAAAUAUCUUGCGCUGCUCAACGUCCGCUUUAACUAACGAAACACGACAUUAACAGAGACAGAAGCAGAGGAGGGACGUUCUCAGUAUUCUCUUAUGUUUUAGGUCCACUUUUAAACACGGUGACACUACUCAGCUCAUUGUGCUGAUGAGGGACGCGCUAACUGGCUGCUCACAACGCUCUCUUUGUGGAGGACUUACUGGACACCCGUGCCCGGGGGGUCCUGGGACGUCCACAGGCAUGUCUUCUAGGGGAUGUCCUGGGACAUGUCUUCUAGUGGACACCCCACCAUGUGUCCCUGGACGCCCCAGGAGACGUCUCUUAGGGGACACCCCCGGACACCUCUCUUGGGGGACGCCCCAGGACACGUCUUCAAGGGGAUGUCCAAUGGCGUGUCUCCUAGGGGUCGAGCGUAUGUUUGUUGUUUGACUUUUUUUUGGGGUGACUGAUGAAUUUGGAGUGCGCUCUCUUUUAUUUCUCUUUUUAAUAAUAAAAUCAGAAAAACCAAACAAAGGAAUGCGGGCGACUUAAGGGUGGUUUAGUUUAGUUUGUUAGGGAUGGUGUCUGCUGCGGUGAACAGGAGAGUGACAGACGGGGGCUGGAGGGGUGGGCGGCGCUGGAACAUCGGUGGACCUUUCUGCUGCUGGGGAGCUGACAAAGCUGUCCUUAUGACCACGUCGCCACGCCCACCCCCUGCCCGCCACGUGGUCGUGGUUCCGCUGGUCUCCUGGGGACGGAGGUUUUAAUCAUUCAGAUAUCAUCGUUAUCCAAACUCGAAGCGAAAUUACAAAAUGCUUAAUAAUUGAAAAAAAUAGAAGAUAGGAAUAAAAGAGUUGGAACAGUUCGAAUCCUAAAGCCUUUUCUGCUUCCAUGAGUGGAAAUGCAUUUCAGGAGAGUUCUGUAAAUAUAUAUAAAUAUAUAUAUUAUAGAUAUUUUUGUUUUCUUUUCCAAGAUGAAAUGCAAAUGUACCUCCAUGUAAUGUUCACCCCCCCCCCCUGAAAGAAGACCCACUACCCCCUCUCUAUUUAUAUUUUCUCUCCCCCGCUGGCAGAAGUGUA